UAGAACCUCCCAAACACCGUGCAUCUAUUUCCUGCGUGCCAUUUCUCUGCAACACCCAGCUUCUGACUCGCCCACUCCACAGCAUUUAGACACUUGUUGGAAGGGUAAAUGAAAGCAUGCAAGGAAAAGAAGAGAAGUUCAGCUGAAUUUCAGCUGUUGUGUUUCCUGCUUAAACAAAAUAUAUGUAUUGAACAACUAUAGGAAAAAAUCCGCAGAACAGAACAAUUACAAAAGUCCACAUUUAGUAAGAUCAAGUGGAUUGAAAGAUGCUCUUCUUCAUGUCACUUCUCCCCACAAAGGCUACUGAACUACUUGCUUUGAUUUAAUCUGAGAAACCUUAGUGAACACAAAAGAUGCUGAAAAGCAUGGAAAACUCAAACACUGAAGAAAAUGAGAAAUCAUAUUCAUAUCAACAUAUUGAAGAGUGGACAAAAGAGGAAGUCAAACAAUGGGCAAUUGAAGUUGUUAAGAUUGACCAGAAAUAUGCAGAAGUCCUGUUUAAUCAAGAUGUGACUGGUCCUACUUUGAAACUGGUAUCUAAAGCAGAUUUUGUGGAAAUGGGCAUACCUCAUGGGCCUGCUCUUCAAAUAAUUUAUUUCCUGAAAGAGCGUGGCAUACUACCUAAAGGUUCAAACCAGGCUGUGGAACAAGAAGGCACUGAACAGAGUCUUGAUGGAGAAGGAGAAGAUGGAGAAAUUGCAAAGAAAGAGUGCGAGAAAGAAUAUGGGUCAUCUAAUUGUGGUAUACUGCAGGAUUCUAAGAUGGAGCCCAUAGAAGACAAAAACCCAGAGAAGUCAGACGACAAAGAGAAUGUGUCAGAGAAGCCAAUGUCAAGCAGCCAGCACCCAGAUGGAAAGAUGUGUAUGCCAUAUCCUUUUGAUAAUUUCAGUGAUGGCACUCGAUAUACACAGUACAAUAUUAUUAAUGUCCCUGAAACAGGGCCAUUCAACCUCAUUGAUCCAGCACAUGAAUUCAAAUUGUUUACCAACACGCAGAAUGCAAAUGAGGAUCCCAUGAUGAAAUUUAGCAAUGAAGUCUUUAGGUUUGCUGCAGCCUGCAUGAACUCCCGCACAAAUGGCACCAUUCAUUUUGGAGUACAUGACAAUCCACAUGGAAAAAUUGAAGGAAUAAAUGUUACCAAGAAAGAAGAAUAUGUUGACCAUUUGGAUAAAAAUAUCGGAAAGUACUUUCGUAAGGAAUACAUCACCAUUGCAAAAGCUUGCAUUAGAAAACCUAGAUUUGUGGAAGUAUUAUCACAAAAUGGAGCUUCAUCACAUUUGUUUGUCAUUGAAGUAGAUGUGGUUCCCAGACAUGACAUCUGUAAUGCAAAAUAUUUCUGUACCAACACAUAUGUCUUUAAGAGUGACACUUGGAAAAAAGCUGUCUACAUCCGGGAUGGAGCUAGUUCCAGAAAUAUUCAAAACACAAAAGAAUUUGAAACUUUUAAAGGUACCUUGACAACUUUAGCAGAUUCUCGUAAAAAAGCAGAGGAAGACUAUAACUUAAAGCUAACAAAGCCAAUGAAUGAAGGACUAAAGCUAGUUAGUCUGCUCACAGGUAACUGGGACUCACUAGAUAGCUCUUACUACGACUACUACAUUUUGGUAACAAACAAGUGCCAUCCAAAUCAAACUUCACAUUUAGACUUUUUGCAGGAAAUAAAAUGGUUUGCUGUGCUUGACUUUGAUUUUGAAUCUGAAAUGAACGGUGUGUUCAAGACUUACAAAAAAAAUAGAAAUGCUGAAUGUCACUUCCCAGAUUAUUAUGAAAACAAGGUGGGUUCAGUUGCUGAACAAGCUAAAAAGCUGAAACUGCAUGAGGAGACCAGCUGGAUUUUCUGCAAUGGUAGAUCAGACUUCAAAGGCAGUAACAGCCUACCAUUAGAUCCCACUUCAUGGCAACGAGACAGAGCUGCUGGUGUCAGAAAGAUGAUUUCAUUUCUUUCACACAAAGAUGUAAAGCAGAGUGGAAAGUUUUUAAUAGUGUUUCUUUUGCUUUCGAUAGUGGAAGAUUCAGCAGAUCCCCUUACUGAGACUUUUAUGACAUUUUACCAAGAAUUAAAGGGACUAGAAUACAUGGCCUGCAUUUGCAUCGGUGCAAGUACGUAUCAGAGAUGGAAAGAUCUUCUGAAUGCUAGAGGCAUUAGUGAGGAAGCACUUUCAAAUAAAUGUGUUUCUAAUUUAACCCUGGAAAUGGUAAAUGGUACCAUUGUAAAAUUAAAAUCAGUGACACAGUCUUCUGAAAGACUUCUGCCCUCUGUUGGUCAUUCUACCGUUCUUCUAAAGAAGAAAGAAGACUCCAUGGCAGCACUGGAAAUACUUUGUGAAAAUGAAUGCAAAGACACAGGAAUAGAGAAGGAUGCAGAUAAAUUUCAGAAAUUCCUGCAAAAGCACGAAGAAGAAUUUUAUAGAGGUGGUAAAGCAUCAUGGUGGAAUUUCUAUUUUUCUUCUGAAAAGUAUACUUCAGAUUUUGUCAGAAGGGACAGCUAUGAAAAGCUUGAACAACUAAUUGUGUCUUCAUCUAACAGUGUUAAUGAAUCCCCUGUAAAAAUUAUCAACCUUUACCAUCACCCAGGCUGUGGUGGGACAACAUUAGCUAUGCAUAUCCUUUGGGAUCUCCGGAAGCAAUUCAGAUGUGCUGUUCUGAAAAACAAAUCAAGUGAUUUUGGAAAACAGGUGACAACUUUACUCACCUGUGGAGCAAAUGAUAACACAGGCUAUUUACCAGUGUUACUUCUUGUGGAUGAUUUUGAAGAUCAAGAAAAUGUCUAUUUUCUGCAGAAAGAAAUUCAGGCGGCUAUAACAGAAAAAUGCAUUCGGUACGUAACUCCUUUAGUGAUCAUUCUGAACUGUAUGAGAUCUCAGAAUCCUGAUGAAGGUUCAACAAUCAAUCUGUUGAACAGUGUUUCUUUAAAACAUAUACUUUCUGAUAAGGAGAAAAGGGCCUUUGAUCAGAAACUAAAAUAUAUUGAAAAGACACAUUCAAAUUUUGACAGUUUCUAUGCAUUUAUGAUUAUGAAGAAAAACUUUGAUGCACAAUACAUAGAAAAAGUGGUAAAAAAUACCUUGCGUAACUUGAAUACUGCCUCUAAACCAGCACAACUUGUUUGCUAUCUAACGCUGUUAAACUCAUAUGUAAGAACAUCUACAGUUUCAAUAUCACUGUGUGAAGAAUUCUUAGGAAUUAGUUCUCAAGAGAUUGGCUGCAGUAAAGAUAGAUUGAUAGAAAGGAUGGGAAUUUGUUCCAAUAUUCUCAUAUAUGACAAGGUAUACGAAAAAAUGAGAUACAAAGGUCUUCGUAUCAUUCACCCAUUGAUAGCAUCUCACUGCCUAAAAAUCUUGAAACUAACCUAUGACUUGCCUAAAAGUGAAAUUGCAUUGAGGUUAUUGAAAGAAGAUGUAUUCUAUCAGACUCCACUGAAGCAAGAAAAACUUAUUCGUGAUAUACAAACCCUGCUGAUUACUAGACAGCGCAAGGAACAUGGCGAUGAGUCAGACACAUUGUUUUCCCCCUUAAUUGAAGCCAUUCAUAAGGAAGAGAAGCGUGAUAACGUGGAAGAUGUGUUAAAACAAGCAUCCGCUAGAUUUGAGCAAAAUGCUUACAUUUGCCAAGCCUUAGCAAGAUACUUCUACAUUAAAGAAAGGAAAUUUGACUCUGCAUUAUACUGGGCCAAAGCAGCCAAACAAAGAGCACAACACAAUUCAUACAUAUCAGAUACACUAGGUCAAGUCUUUAAAAGUAAGCUAAGACACUAUGUAGAGUGCAAAGCAAAGAGUGCAGUCCUGACAGCUGAGGAACUGCGAUACUCGCUGGAGUUUGCUGAGAAUGCUUCACAGGCAUUCAGAGAAUCUCAGCAGCAAGCUGAAAAUGCAGACAAUGAACAAUAUUUGCAUCAUCAAAGGCUUAAAAGACAUUUUCAAAUGUACAAUACUGCUGGUUAUCAGGGAGAGAUAGAAACUUAUUUUUAUGUUAUCGAUGUCCUUUGGCUUGUUCCUUUUUUCAGCAAAGAAGUCUUACAGUGUAGAAAAAAUAUGACAAAGUAUCUGUCAGGAAAUGGUGUUUUGAAGGUAGAUAACACUAACACAGAGAGGGAAAUGCUCAAGGUUAUUGAACAUUAUUCCAGCUUUUUAUGCAGUUUGCGAUCACGGUUGAAAAAGGCAUUUGACUUUUUUGAUGACUACUUUAUGUUUUUCAAAUCACAGACCAAUGAAAAAGCAAUAGUAGAAGCUAAAUUGUAUGAGAAGGUUCAAGGAUAUUUUACCAAAUACAAAGAUGUAUUUUGUGAUUUCAGUUUUGAACAACUGAAAAGUAAACAGGUCUUAAAGUGGUCCAUGUCUCAAUAUAUAGAAGCAUACAGGGACGCUGUGGACACUUCCAAAGGAGGCUCAUUUUCUGGCAUUUUGGAAUACCUCCACAGAAAUGCUGACAGAGAAAUAGAAGAAAUAGUAGAAGCAUAUGCAUUUUUGUGUGAUGAGGAUGCACAAGCAACUCUGAAAGAUAAACAGAAUUUUAUUUUGGCAAAUAUAGUUCUGAACUGCAUUAAACCUAAAUCCGCUAAGUUAUAUCCUUCUAAGGUGAUGACAAGUCUGCUUCAAAGCAUUCUACACGAAGUGGAACCAACCUCACAUUGUGUAGAGCCUUUCUUCCUAGCCUCCUUGUUGUUCUGGCCCCAAAACAGAUUAAAACUAAAUGAAGAUUCAAGGAAAAUGGAAGCUUUUGUUAGACGCUUAAGUGAGUCUUUCAAAAAGCUCUAUGGAAUCCUGCAUUGUUCCAGGCAGCCUCUGGCUCUUUUCUAUCUGACGAAAGACAGUGGCCUGAACAGAUUUGUUCACAAAGAAAAAAUAAAUCAGCUUUUUAGUUCACUUUCAGAACAAGAACUGAAUUCCCUCUGGCAGAGUGGAAAUAUCUGGAAGGAACAGGCUGUUCAAGACCUUUUGCUUCCUUUGCAUGGGAGAGCUGAGGAUAAGUUGAUCUAUGUAGACUAUGGCAGCAAUGAAAACUUUAGGAUACCAGUGCAGCCUGUUCCCUCAUGCCUAUUGAAAAAUGGCCCAAACAUAGAAAGAGUGUCUUUUUACCUUGGGUUUUCCAUUGCUGGUCCCAUGGCAUACAACAUACAACGUCUGUCAUUAAAACAAUAGGUAUUGCAGUUUCUCAGCUACAAGUUUUUUUCAGGCAGAAUUAUCCUUUAACUGUCUUUUGGUUUGGGGUAUUUUUGGUCAACAAUUGAAAAUGACAGCCUCAGGCUGUCCAUUGAAUUUCCUUCCUUACUAUGUUAGUCUUUCUGUCCCAUGCAGACUUGUCUCUCUACUGUCAUAACUGCUGUUUGGACAGUCAGUCAAACUGAAAUGAUGGUGCAGUUAGUCCUGUAGACUGGUCACUACUACUCAAAGUUCAUUGGUUGAUAACAACAUGAGAAAUCAUUUAAAAAAAAAAAAAAAAGCAUUCUACAAAACUAGUAUUUUGAAAAUUUUCUCUUUAAAUACCUUUAAAUACCAUCUCUUUUAAGAACCCAAAUACCUUGCUAGCUUUUUUGCCAUUGCUUGUAGUGAAGGUUGUCUCACCACAGUUUUCAUACUCUUUUAUAAGUAAUGUAAGAACAAAGAAUGUAUUUUAGAAAACAUGUAUCAUGUAACAUUUCUUCAUGCUCUAUUGUAUCUAGUGUCAUUUGGCACAAGGGUAUCAUAGAAGUCCAUUCAGUCGCAAAGUAGCAUUUGUUUCUGUCGUUACUUACAUGCUUGAAUGAUGUGAUGUGUUUGUAUAUAGGCCUGUAUUAAUAGCCAGGCAGUAUAUCUUGUGAGCAGACAGAAGCGCUGGUCUUUUACCUUCUCAGGGCAUUUCUGAAUAUGUGAUUACUAAAGAUAUCACUAUUUUUCUGCUGUACCACAAAAGCACACACCAAUUGGCAUUUUAUAUCCAUAAAAAUUGACUUUUUACUUUUGUGGUGGGUCUGCUUCUGCUUUAUAUAAAAUGUAUCCAGUUUGGUCAUUCUUUUCCUUAUGAAUCCACUUAAUUCCCUUCAGUGACAGAUUUAUCAGCUUCGAUCCUCACAAAUACAAUUUGAAUGCCUAAAGUGGUCAUUGAUUGCAUUGCCUUCCUCAAGCGUAUAAAACUGCCUAGUACAUUUAGACACAAUUAAUGUUCCAAAAAAGGAAAAAAAUAUUGGUGCAAAGCACCAAUAUCAAGAAGUUGCCACUGUCUGGGGGGUACAAAGUGUUGCACUUUGCACUUUGUGCAUAUAAUUCAUGAAAGCCCAAGGAGUUCAAUGCAAUUAACUGCCUGAAAGAGGUCUGCAGGACGGCUCUUUCAUCAUCCCACAAGUCCUUUUUGCUCUUCGUGUCAGGCAAGGAGACAGGGAAAAAAUAAGUGACAUCUCAACAGAUUUGUAAAAGCAAAUUGACUGAAAGAAUAAAGCAGUGGACCAUUCUGCUCUAGUGCAGCUCUUCUUUUAGUCUGCUCUAAUGCAGCUCUUCUUUUAGUUGUAAAUAUGGAAAAGGAGUUUUAUUAUAUAAUCCAGACUUCUUUUUAACUCUAGCCAAAACAUACUUAUCUUGGCAAGAAUACAUACUUUAUUUUAACCUGUAUCCACUUUGUUUCUAACAGUAUACUUGUAUUUCGGACGGGGUGCUAUAGGAUCAGUUUUCAUGAUAACUCAUAAUUUGUUCUAGUUAGUCCCCAGGAUAUCGUUGUGUACUUUAUCAAUGACUAAAGUAUUUACCCUUCCAAAUGGAGACUUACAGCAAAAAAAUUUCCAUGUCUUCAAGGCAAUUGAAGACUUCAGUCUUCAUGUCAGUCAGUCACAUCUAAGAACUGCAAGUAUUUUUAUGUGCUGAACUGUACCGGGUGGCACAUUGGGCACAGCUGUGAUGGGCAGGAAAAAUGUUGCAGGAGGUGCUGUUGGAGAUACAUGAAAGGGGAAAUUGUUGAGGCAUGGCAAGAUACACACUUCUAGAAAGGGGCGACCUUCCUCAGGGCUGGGAUAUCCCUGAGGGACUGCAGUCACUGGCAACCCAUGGUGGGGCAGAGAAAACAAGAAGCAAGGAGCAGUGGAGAAGCAGAAGAAAAGAAUCAGAAGCAAGGAGCAAUAAAACUAAACCGCUACACACUGAGACCAACCUCCUCCGCUCCAGGCCUGUCACCUUGGCAGGGGAAUUGGGAAGGACUGAGCAGAAGUGAAAACAAGGGGAGUUGCAGCUAGGAAGGGGGAAGGAGCAGUGCUGGACUGAAAUUGAAAGGGGAAGAAAGGCAUUUCCCCUAGUAUUUGCUUAGUUGUUUGUCUUCUUGGUUUCUCAAUACCCAAAUCAGUAAUUAAAUGUUUAUGUUAAUUGGCAAUAAAUUACGUGAAACUCCCCAAGUUGAGACCCUUUUGCCCACAGCACAUGUACAUUUAUUAAUAACCCUUGGGAUCUGGCACAGUGACACCGCACUAUAUGCCUGUGUGAGUUUACAGAAAUAUGGAUUUUAUUAUUUGUAUGUAUCAGGCUGUUUAGGAUAAAAUUGUAUUUUUAUCAGCAGUAGCUCGUUAAUAAACACAGAUGUUUGAUAACAUCCUUAAUUGCA